AUGGCUUUUCCAUCUGUCAAUGAGGCUCAAAGGCUGGUUGACCAGCUGCCGUGGGCGGCGGUAAAAAGCCACACCGUCAAGGUGGUGGACGAUCUCGUCGCCCGGCAUAAGGCGAACCCAAAGCAGGUGAACCGAAUUGGGCAGACGCUGCUCUUCGAAGCGGCCCAACAUGUCAGUGGGCAGCAGGCAUUUGAGAUCACUGAGCUGCUGGUUAGACAGCAUGGGGUGUCCGCCGCGGUGAUCGAUAAUCGCCAACAGAAUGCGUGUUUUUACGCUGCGAAGCACGGGCACUCACAGCUGUGUGAGUUCCUCAUCGCAUCUGGGUGUUCUGUGAGCCACACUGACACCUCUGGGCAAACGCCUGUAUUUUAUUCAGUGCGGGCUGGCCAUAUUGGUGCCACUGAAGCGCUGCUGAAACAUGGCGCAGCAAUAGACGCGAGGGACCAGCACGGCUUCACGCCCAUCUUCUGGGCAGCAGAAGCUGGAAAAGUGCAAAUGAUGACGCUGGGUCUGCAGGAAAGGAAGCACCUCGUUCAGAAAGGUGCGACAACAGAUAUGCUGAGCAACAUGGGAGGUGACAUCUUUGCCUCCGCUACAGGCCCAGCUCUAAAGUAUGCGUUGGAGUUGGGCAUGGAUCCGAAUAGAAUAUUGUCCAAAGGCCAAACAAAUCUUUUCGGUGCUGCCAAGCGUGGCGAUGUCGAGAAAGUGAAGGCCUUUUUUUAUGCCGCAGCGCAUGGAGGACUCAAGGUGACAGAUCUGCUACUAGUAAAGUACAAGGCUGAUGCCUUGAUCAAAGACAACUGUGGAAGAACUGCGCUCCAGUAUGUGCUGGAGCUGCAAAAUGCAGACGAACCCAAAGACGUCGUGAAGCUGCUGGCGGAUGCGGAGCGGAAGCAGCAGAAGGCCAUUCAGGCGGCCCAGAAAAAGCAGCGUGCCGCUGCUGCACAGCUGCGAAAGCGCGAGGAAAAACUGGCAAAGGCGCAGAAGAAGGCGGAGGAGCAACUGGGGAGCAAGAAAGAGCUCGAGCUGAGAGAGCCGCAGCUGCAACCAGAGCUGCAGCCGCGUCAUCAAGCUCGAGAAAGCGUCCAUCUUCGGUGGAGGCAACGCUACGAGCUCGUGUGCCAAGAAGGAAAUUCACUGACAAGUGGCAUGAGCUUGUGGAUCAAUGCCAAUUUUUACAGGGCCCGAAGCGCCGCUGAGGAGUCAUGGGGCCAUGGGGCUGUGCAUUGA